AUGAGCUUCUCACUCACAUUCUCCGAGCUGGUCAACAUCGCCAUCCCACAGUGUGGUGUGGUGAACUUCAAGGCCCUGCACCUUCUGCUCCAUGGCAUCCUGGAGCACAUCCACAUGGCUGAGCUCAAGAAGGUCCUCUCGGGGGAUGAGGACUUCCUCCAGUCCUCGCAGGCCAUGUUCAUGCCCCGCGAAGGAGAUGCUCAGCCCGUCCUCAACCCUAUGAAGAGGCUGAGCAACGUCUUCGACCACGUGGUGAGCCGUAUUGACAAAAUGGAGAGCCAGCUGACCAUGCUGCAGGAACUGCCCUCCACCUCUGAGCUGCUGGAGGCCAGCCAGGGGACCUGCCGACCAGCCCAGGAACUGUGGCAGAUGAUAAAGCUCCGGAAGAUGGUGGAAGGCAAUGAAGAAGCCAUGGAAAAGUCCAUGAAGACCUUGCAGGAUUUGCUCUCUGACAUUAAUGCACUCAAGGUCACCACUGAAACCCUCAAGAAGGAUGUGGACAAGCUGAAAGACAUGCUUAAUAAGAUACAGCUGGAAAGAAUAGACACUUUCUUUGAUGAUUUGAAAGGGCAGAGCCGGAAGAUGAAUGCACUGCAGCGGGACAUGAUUACUCUCCAGAACAAGAUUCGCACCAUCCCCAAAACUGAGGACAUGGUACUCUGGAGUGGCCUCCACGAGGCUAUGUUCACCCCGGGACCUGCUUCACUACCGAUGGAAGAUUCUGAUCUGUGGCAGGUGGCAGAGCAGCUCCCAGAGACCGACCUUUCCCAGACCAACUACCUUCAAAAUGUUGGUCAAAGACAGGUCAUAGAGGCUGUCCAACUCCCCAAGCUCCUGGAGACCAUUUGGCAUUACCAGGACCUGGGGAAACUACAGGAGGAGGAGGAGUCUGCCCAGGCAGUUCCACUCACCGGGGCCCAGGGCUUAGGACUGACCCUGGAUCUCAGCCUGUGUUUUCACCUGAGUCUGCAUUCGGACCUGGGUCUGCGUUCGGACCUGGGCCUGCCCCUGGACCUGGACCUGGGCCUGCGUUCGGACCUGGGCCUGCCCCUGGACCUGGACCUGGGCCUGCAUUCGGACCUGGGCCUGCCCCCGGACCUGGACCUGGAUUACUUCCGGCCUGGCCAAGGCCCCUUGGGCCCUCUAUUUGCUCGACCCCAGGGCUUCAGGGCCCCACCACCAGCCACAGAGCUUGGCCCCGCUUGGCCUCGUCCACAGUGGUCACAGCCUCGCCAGUCUGAGGUGGACCAGCUCCAAGCUGUCUCAGAAAAUAGGGAAGAAGAUUACUCACAUUACAUGAAAAUCCCUCAAGAUAGAGCCCCCAGAGCUGAGGCACCCAAGGAAGUAUCCCCUAAGAGUCCCCAGUCUGCCCUGCAACGGAUAAAAAACACUGCUGCCAUGGCAGCCGCUGCUGCCGCUGCCCAUGCAGCUGCCGCGAGCUCAGCAGCCCGGGCAGCUGAGAUCGCUGCCAGGCUUGUCAAGGAUGCCCCUGCCACCAAACUGGCCACAGUAGCAACAACUCUGGCCACAUCUGGGCCCUUAGGGGUCUUUGCAGAUGUUGUGGGUGCUGGGUCUUCCCGUGGGGCCACAGGCUCCAUGACCUUUGCCAGUGACACCGAGAUGGAAGACCUGCAGGAUAUAGACUACGAAGACAUUUCUUCAUAUGCUGCUGCCUUUAUCCCUCCUGACACUGCCGUCUCCCAGUCCAUGCUGGCUGCCAAAAAUGCUGUGACCCCCGAAGACAAGAAGGCGGCCGUGAAAUAUUCCAUGAGCCACAUAGCCCAGAUGCCUGUUAGACAUAACUCCCUGAAAGAAGAGUUUGCCCAGCUGUCAACCAACCUGCAACAGUGCCUAAGUUAUCUAGCUAGUGUGGGAGUCUCUUCUAAGACUGGGACAUCAGUGGACAUACUGCAAGAAACGAUUGGCAAUCUCCAGAAAUCCAGGAUGCAGGAGGAGGAACUUGAGAGAAUUUGGGGCCACCAAAUAGCAAUGAUAAAGGAUCACCACAUCGUGCUGGACAGGGCAGUGGAAAAAAUCCAGAUUCGCCUGGAUGAUUUAAAGAUUCUCCAUGCUCAAAUAAAAGACCUAGAAAUGCACAAGGCGGACAAAAGUGUGAUGGAGCAGGAGUUGAAAGAGAAGGCCGACAGGAGCAGCCUGGCAGGCAAGGCAGGCCGGGUUGACCUGGAGGCGGUGGCGGCGGAGCUGAAUGAGAUGAUUCAGGGCGUGCUGUUCAGGGUCGUGUCCCAUGAGGAUGACUGGAAGAAGGCUGUGGAGCAGCUCAGCAAGGCCCUGGGUACCAAGCUGGUCCGCAGGGAUUUGGAUGAUCUAAAGAAAGACGUAAAUGAGGUCUGGCAAGCAGUCAGGAAGCUGCUAAUUGAAGGCCUCCGAUUUGACCCAGACAGAGCUGCCGGCUUUAGGAAGAAACUGUUUGAGCGGGUGAAAUGCAUUUCCUGCGACCGGCCUGUGGAGAUGAUGACUGGCCCACACCUCAUCACCAUCCGGAAAGCCCACCUGCUGUCGCGGCUUCGGCCAGCUAGUGCCAACAGCUACGAGUACCUGCAGCGCCAACAGAUGAGGGAACAGCAGCAGCUGCAGCAGCUUCAGGACCUUGGAGACCAGGAGGACUGGAACGAUGGCCCUGGGAAUGAUGCCAACUUCAAACUCAAGUCAUAUAACUUGUCGACACUCUACCCCUAUGGGGACCCUGAGGUGUUGGACUAUGAUACUGCCGAGGUGGACAUCCUGGGAGUGGACGGGAUCCUGUACAAGGGCCGAAUGAACAACCAGGAUGGGGCACGGCCACUGACCAGCAUGGAGAAGCAGCUGGCUGCUGUGAAGGUUCCGCAUCCCCCGACUCGAAACCUGUAUGAGCGCUUUGGUGCCAUCUACCCCCCCCUGCACCCCCGUGCCAGCAUCCGCGCAGCCACUUCCGGCCCCCACCCAAUGACACUAGCUCCGCCUCCAUCUAUGCCGCCCCUGCCACUGCUGCCACCACUGAUGCCAUCCCUGCAGGACCCCUCGCAGGCCUCAGGGUCCACCAGGCACCCAAGGCCUCAACGCCUCGAGUCCCGAGCCAGCACACAGCCCACCUAG